AUGUCUAUGAUUUUAUCUGCCUCAGUCAUUCGUGUCAGAGAUGGACUGCCGCUUUCUGCCUCUACUGACAAUGAACAAGGCACAGGCGUGCAGGAGUGCAGAAAGUACUUUAAAAUGCUCUCAAGGAAACUUGCUCAGCUUCCCGAUAGAAGUACACUGAAAACUGGACAUUAUAACAUCAAUUUUAUUAGCUCUCUGGGAGUGAGCUACAUGAUGUUGUGCACUGAAAAUUACCCAAAUGUUCUGGCCUUCUCUUUCCUCGAUGAGCUUCAGAAGGAAUUCAUUACUACUUAUAACAUGUCGAAGACCAACACUGCUGUCAGGCCAUACUGUUUCAUUGAAUUUGAUAACUUCAUUCAGAGGACCAAGCAGCGAUAUAAUAAUCCCAGGUCUCUUUCAACAAAGAUAAAUCUGUCUGACAUGCAGACGGAAAUCAAACUGAGACCCCCUUAUCAAAUUUCCAUGUGCGAACUGGGGGCAGCCAAUGGAGUCACAUCUGCAUUUUCUAUUGACUAUAAAGGUGCUGGUAAGAUUUCUUCUGCUCACCAGCGAUUGGAACCAGCAACUCUGUCAGGGAUUGUGGCAUUUAUUCUUAGUCUUUUAUGUGGAGCUCUGAAUUUAAUUCGAGGCUUUCAUGCCAUAGAAAGUCUUCUGCAGAGUGAUGGUGAGGAUUUUAAUUACAUCAUUGCAUUUUUUCUUGGAACAGCAGCCUGUCUUUACCAGUGCUAUUUACUUGUCUACUACACUGGCUGGCGGAAUGUCAAAUCUUUUUUGACUUUUGGCUUAAUCUGUCUAUGCAACAUGUAUCUCUACGAACUUCGCAAUCUCUGGCAGCUUUUCUUCCAUGUGACUGUGGGAGCGUUUGUGACACUACAGAUUUGGCUAAGGCAAGCCCAGGGUAAGGCUCCGGAUUAUGACGUCUGA